AUGCUGGUCAAGUUCAUUCCAUCUUCUUCAUUCAACGAGUUCGAUGAAGCUGUAAAACCUGAGAAAGUGAGGACUCUUGAGAAGUUGAUUUUUCUUGUCGAUAAAAAAUAUGAGCUUGGUUUGAUGGAAAAUGUUUCAAAUAGAUCUUUGAUGAGACUACCAUCUCCUUGGAGAGAAAGACUUAUAGCUGAGUCUUUUGAGCUCAAAGUAUGGGUUACUGUAUCAGAAGAAUUUGAUGUUUGCAAGAUAAUGAGAAUGAUUUUUCAAAAGGUUACUUCUGAAAAAUGCGAUAUUGAUGAUUUGUCAGAGCUUCAAUGUGAGUUGAAGAAGGCUUUGAGGGGGAAGAACAAGAUCAUUGUGACAACUCGUAACAAGGUUGUUGCACAAGUUAUGAGCACUGGAAAAGUACACAAGCUACAAGGAAUAUCCAAUGAAGAUUGCUGGAGAAUAUUUGUUGACCAAGCCUUUGAGGAAGACAUUGGUCAUGCUCAUUCAAAACUACAUGAGAUUGUGAAAAAGUGUAAAGGCCUACCUUUAGCGGUGAAAUCACUUGUCUCAAAAGUGAUGUAUGGGAGUUAUUCUGAAUUUGAGAAGAAACAACUCAUCUUGUUGUGGAUGGCAGAAGGUCUUUUGCAAAACAAGAAAGGGAAAUCAAUGGUGGAGGUUGGAGAGCAGUACUUUGAAGAUCUCAUAUCAAGAUCAUUCUUUCAAGAGACAAGUCAACAUAAAUCAAGUAAGGGUACAACAACUUUUCUUAUGCAUGACCUUGUACAUAAAUUAGCUUCAUUUGUAGCAGGUGAAUUCUGCUUUAGAUUGGAUGAUGAUAAUUCCUUAGAUAAUCUUGCAACCAAAACUCGUCAUUUGUCAUGUAUGACAUACAUUGAGAAAGUUGCUGGUUUAUCUAAAGCUGAAUCACUGCAUACCCUUCUAACAAUUAAAGGAAGAGUGUUAUUGGAUUUGGAAUUGCAUGAAGUAUUGCCAACUCUAGGAUGCUUGAGAGUCCUUUCUGUAUUUAGAUCUUUCAAGCUGUCUGACUCGAUUGGUAAGCUAAAACAUCUACGGUAUUUGAACUUAUCUUCGACUGAAAUAGUACCUGAUUCAUUGCCAAAGAAUAUGAAGAGGCUCAAUAACUUGCGUCACCUCGACACUAGUUUCUCACCUUUAGAAAUGAUGCCACAGGAGUGGUGUAGACUAAUAAAUUUGCAGACAUUAACUAAUUUUGUAUUGGGAAAAGUUAGUGAUAAUGAGAGAAAACCUGGUUUUGCUAGCAUCAAAGAGUUAGGGGAGCUCCAUCAUUUGCAGGGAAAACUUCUUAUUUCAAGGCUUCAUAAUACAGAUAAUGUUCAGGAUGUUUUGAAGGCUAAUUUGAAAGAUAAGGAUGGAGCAUCUCAAUGGAACAAAUGGUUAUGUAUUAGAGUUGGAGAUGACAGAGAAUGUAUGCAAGGAUUUUUUCCUUGUCUCAAGGAGCUUCACUUGAGUGCUUGUCCAAAUCUGACUGAGUUCUUACCUGAUAGCGGCACAUUAGAAACAAUCACAAUUUCAGGGUGCAGAAAUUUGAACUUUCUAGAGAACAAGUUCUACACCUCUCUCAGAAACUUGGACAUUUAUGGCACGGUUAGUGAUUCUAUGGAGUCUCUUUCUUUGGAUCACUUUCCAAACCUUAAUAAGCUUCGAUUACGAGGUUGUGGAAAUAUCAAGCAACUAACAAGAGGCUCAAACUACUUCCCCAAGCUUAAAUCUCUUGAUGUAAGGCACUGUCAAAAUUUGGAAUCCUUUACCAUUACUUCAGAUGAGCCUGUUGACAAUUCUAGCACUGUUCUCCACUCUCUCAGCUCCAUCAAAGUUAUUCAAUGCAACAAAUCGAGGUCACUACCUGCACAAAUGGGCACUAUGCUUCCAUCUCUUGGCUUGUUUCUCAUUGAGGAGUGCCCUGAAGUUGAGAUAUUUCCUCAAGGAUCAGGAUUCCCCUCAAGUUUGAUUCACCUCUUGAUUUCAAAAUGCAGCAGACUUGUGGCGCAACACUCGAGUUGGGAUCUUCAAAGACUUGCUUUUCUUUCAUCAUUGACCAUUGAAGAUUGUGAUGACAUAGUGUUGGAAUCCUUCCCCUGGGGACUGCUUCCAACGUCUUUGACUUAUCUGUCACUUCAGAAUCUCCCCCACCUCAAAUCACUGAAUGGCGACGCCUUUCGAUGUGUGGCAUCACUGGAAGAGUUGUGGACUGUUGACUGCUGA